UUGGGUGGAAGUGAUUUACAUGUUUUUAUUGAUAUUAUUGAUUGCGUUUAAAUUAUUGUUACUUUUCGUAGUGAAUAAUAUGCAUAAUUAACCUGCUUAAAUAUGGCAGACCUUAAAAUAUGUAGGAUAUGCUUACGAACAGAGUGUAAAGUGUUCAAGUUUGAUCAAUUUCAACUGAAAUCGUAUUAUGAAGAAGUUAUGGCGUUAAAAGUGAAUGAGCAUGAUGGUCUACCACAUUAUUUCUGCUACGAGUGCGCUACAAUGCUGCACAAGUUCCACAAAUUCAAGGAGAAAUGUUAUUGCGGACAAAAAGCUCUUAGAGAAGUUUUGUGGAGAGGCCCGAUAACCUAUGAAACAAUUUACAAAAUCGACCGCAACGCCCGACACUUACAGUCACCAUUAGCAAUCAUGACUGUAACGGACCAAGUUCAAUCGUUCACCGUCACAGAAGAAGCAGAAAGCCAAAGAUUAGAAGAUGUCACAACCAGCCCCCAGUUUCAACUAAACCCAAAUAGUCCAACAUCAGUAUUCGUAGAUAUUAAAAAUGAAGUUAUAAAAUUAGAGGAUAAGAAAAUAGAUGAGCGAAGAAAGAGCAAAGAUUUUGAACUUGACGCGUGGAAAACUAAAAGUCGGAAACGCACAAGAUUUCUUGAUGCUAGUAAUUGGAAGAAAUGUAGUUUGACUGAGGAAGAGGCGGUUAAAGAGUUCAGAGAAAGGGCCGAGGAACCGAAGUAUUUGAAAGCUAGUCAUAAAUGUCAGGAUUGUUUUAAGGGGUUUUCUAAGAAGGAAAUGUUGAGUCGACAUCUGCAGUUGAGACACAGUGAGUCACUGGGUCCGUUCUCGUGCCGUCUGUGCCGCAUGCGUUUCAGGUGGGAGUCCCACCUGAGAGCACAUCUACGUCAACACUUCACCGAGUACCGCUGCCAACGGUGCCCCUUCGUCUGCAACCUUGAAAAUUCGGCUCUGUUGCACGAAGAAUAUCACAGUGGAAUAACAAGAAAGUGUAUUCAUUGUGAAGAAGAAUUCAGACACGCCUCGACGUACUACACGCACCUCCGCACGGCGCACCGCAGCGCGUACGUCUGUACGUCGUGUGGCGCGUCCUUUGUCAGCGCGGCCGGGCUGCGUCAGCACACGCAGCUCAAACACAAGCACGAUGUGUUUGAAGAAAGCGGCGAUGACUCCGAAGUGGAGACGUAUUGUGAGCGCUGUGACAUCCGCUUUGAGUCACCGAAGGCAUUUGAAGAGCACAAAUUCCACUCUGUACUGCACUCUGAAGGCGUUGAGCAUGAAUUGCAAGACGAGAUCGCAAUACCCAGAAAAGUCCUCGGCAAACGACUUCGCGCUAAAAUAACGAAAGAAUUGAAGAAAGGAGAACCGGAAGAAGACCAGAUUACCGCGUCCGACACAAAACGGCGGAAAAAAAUGAAAAGAAAACGUCGAAAACCUACCACAUGCCAUCAGUGCGGCAAACACUUCGAGACACAAACAGCGUGUAUGCAGCACCACCUACGUCAGCAUCCGCGUACGUCAUUCUACCCAGAUAACGAGCGACACAUAUGUGAAAUCUGCGGAGCCUCUCUCGCGCCGGGCAGCGUGGCGGUCCACCAAAAUAUGCACACUCGGAGCACCGUGUUUCCGUGCGAGAGCUGCGGUCGCCAGUUCCAUUCCAGCGUCGGGCUCAAGCGCCAUCUAUUGACUCAUACUGGAGAAAAGCCUUUCCAAUGCAACCUGUGCGACAAACGCUUCACGCAGAGUAACAGCAUGAAACUACACUACCGCACGUUCCACCUCAAGCAACCAUACCCGAAGAGUCAUACCCGAAGAGGUGAAUCAUUUCUCACUACAAGCCAGACAAAUCUUACAUACCAGACAAAUCUACAGACAUAUACCUUUAUUCACCUCAUGCAGCCCUACCCGAUGAGAAACAGACGAAAGAAGAAGCAAGAAGUAGUCGCAGAGACGGUAGACCUAGAGUCGUCAAGUCUGCCGUCACCGGAGACCGUCCCGGAUACCCUGCCGCCGCCAGCCGCUUGCCCCGCGGAGCCGGCGGCGGAGCCCCUCACCUACCUCACACUGCACUAGACGACUAGGCUAACUCUGCACUGAUUUCAAAUAAAGUGAAAUUAAAACUA